CAGAACAACCGCCGUUGCUGAGGAAGCCCCAAAAAAGAGCCCGGAGGAGAUGGCCACCAAAGAGAAGCUGCAGUGUCUGAAAGACUUCCACAAGGACAUCUUGAAGCCGUCCCCUGGGAAGAGCCCCGGCACCCGGCCGGAGGACGAGGCGGAGGGCAAGCCCCCGCAGCGGGAGAAGUGGGCCAGCAAGAUCGACUUUGUGCUCUCCGUGGCUGGCGGCUUUGUGGGCUUGGGCAACGUCUGGCGUUUCCCGUACCUCUGCUACAAGAACGGUGGAGGUGCAUUUCUCAUACCGUAUUUUAUUUUCCUGUUUGGGGGCGGCCUGCCUGUGUUUUUCCUGGAGGUAAUCAUAGGCCAGUACACCUCGGAAGGGGGCAUCACCUGCUGGGAAAAGAUCUGCCCCUUGUUCUCGGGCAUCGGCUACGCCUCCAUUGUGAUUGUGUCGCUCCUGAAUGUCUACUACAUCAUCAUCCUGGCCUGGGCCACAUACUACCUGUUCCAGUCCUUCCAGUCCGAGCUGCCCUGGGCACACUGCAACCACAGCUGGAACACCCCCCACUGUAUGGAGGACACCAUGCGCAGCAACCGGAGCCAGUGGGUCAGCUUCAGCGCCAGCAACUUCACCUCCCCUGUCACCGAGUUUUGGGAGCGCAAUGUCCUCAGCCUGUCCUCCGGCAUCGAUGCCCCCGGCUCUCUGAAGUGGGACCUUGCCCUCUGCCUCCUCUUCGUCUGGCUGAUCUGUUUCUUCUGCAUCUGGAAGGGCGUCAGGUCCACGGGGAAGGUUGUGUACUUCACCGCCACCUUCCCGUUCGCUAUGCUCCUGGUGUUGCUGGUGCGUGGACUGACGCUGCCCGGUGCCGGUGCAGGCAUCAAGUUCUAUCUGUACCCCGACAUCACCCGCCUCGAGGACCCACAGGUUUGGAUUGAUGCGGGGACCCAAAUCUUCUUCUCCUAUGCCAUCUGCCUGGGAGCCAUGACCUCGCUGGGGAGCUACAACAAGUACAAGUACAACUCGUACAGGGACUGUUUGCUGCUGGGAUGCCUGAACAGUGGUACCAGUUUUGUGUCUGGCUUCGCAAUUUUUUCCAUCCUGGGCUUCAUGGCACAAGAGCAAGGGGUGGACAUUGCUGAUGUGGCUGAGUCAGGGCCCGGCCUGGCCUUCAUUGCCUACCCAAAAGCUGUGACGAUGAUGCCUCUGCCCACGUUUUGGUCCAUUCUUUUUUUUAUCAUGCUUCUCUUGCUUGGACUGGAUAGCCAGUUUGUUGAAGUCGAAGGACAGAUCACGUCCUUGGUUGAUCUUUACCCAUCCUUCCUAAGGAAGGGUUUCCGUCGGGAAAUCUUCAUCGCCUUCAUGUGUAGCAUCAGCUACCUGCUGGGGCUGACGAUGGUGACGGAGGGUGGCAUGUAUGUGUUUCAACUCUUUGACUACUAUGCAGCUAGCGGUGUAUGCCUUUUGUGGGUUGCAUUCUUUGAAUGUUUUGUUAUUGCCUGGAUAUAUGGCAGUGAUAACUUUUAUGACGGUAUUGAGGACAUGAUCGGCUACCGGCCCGGGCCCUGGAUGAAGUACAGCUGGGCUGUGGUCACUCCAAUUCUCUGCGUUGGAUGUUUUAUCUUCUCUCUCGUCAAGUACAUCCCCCUGACCUAUAACAAAGUCUACGUGUACCCCAACUGGGCCAUUGGGCUGGGCUGGACCCUCGCCCUGACCUCCAUGAUGUGCGUGCCCCUGGUCAUGAUUGUCCGCCUCUGCCAGACGGAAGGACCGUUCCUCGUGAGAGUCAAGUACCUGCUGACGCCCAGGGAGCCCAACCGCUGGGCCGUGGAGCGCGAGGGGGCUGCGCCCUACAGCUCCUGCCUGUCCGUGAACAUGAACGGGGCGCUCAUGAAGCCGACGCACAUCAUAGUGGAGACCAUGAUGUGAGGGCUCGCGGCCCACAGGGCUGCUUCCCUGCUGUUUACUAACAUUAGAUUCUCGUAGGACCAGGUUUACAGAGCUUUAUAUUUGCACUAGGAUUUUUUUUAACUGUCACAGACAACGUUACUGUGUGCGUGUGUGCGUGUGUGCAGUGCUGUGUGCAUGUGUGUACCGUUUUGAUUUGGGGGGAUGUUUUGUACAAAAAGAAACCCCCGGGCAGAUGUCCGGGGAGAGGCAGAGCUUUCAUACUGAAUUAGAUGUAUUUUAUGGGAACUUGGUAAAUUUUUCUUUGUCUUUUUUUUUUUUUUUUUUUUACAUAUGACUAUAUAUACGCUUAGAGAUUGUCGUACACUUUUUCCACUUGAAUUGAUCUUUCCAGCAAUAGAUCUCGUUUUCAAACGCAAUCCUUCGGUGCUUGUGCGGCUGGCAGAAAGUUCUUCCCCACAAAACACCGGGUGGAACUUUCCUGGGACAGCAGACCCAUUUUAAAGGUGAGGUACCUUCCGAAGCCUGGUUCAGGUGGAUGGCAAGCAGCAGGGAGAGGACCCAGGGGCCUGGGGCAAGCAGGGCCGUGGGAGGCCCUCUCUGCGCUGGUCUUAGCUGCCAAAGCGGUGAGCCGGCCAGGGGCUGGCUUGGCCCGGCCCAUGACGCUCACUCGGUUCUGAGCAGCAGACACCACUGCACGGGAGCCCCCACCCUUUGAGAUCGAGGGCAGGUCGUUAGCUGGACUGUCGGGACUGAGAGGGCAGUGAGGGUCAGGAGCACUGGUAGCUGGCCAUGGGGUUUGCAGGCCUCGCGGGGUGCUGCUCGGCCCAAAUCCAGGUCCCUCGCGCAUCUGGCACAGGGGCUGUUUGGGGGUUCCAACCUCAGAGGGCUCUGUUGGAUCUGAGUGGGGUCGUGGCCACCUGCUGUCCGCGCCACCAGCCUCUCCAUGCUGCUGCGGGAGGGGAGUGUCACACUUGUGGGGCCCAGGGCUGAGCAGCGGGCCAGAGGGUGCCUCGAGGGCGGCUUUCCUUUCCUCUCUCUCCGUCCUCACCCAGAGCCCUGCGGGAGGUCACAGGGUCGCCCCAGCCCCCGGCGGGGAGUGCCCAGGUGAAGGGUCAAACCCCUGCAUUAGCUGGGGUCAGAUAUUCAGUAUGUGGCACGGCGGGAGGAGGUAAUGCACCACUUUCUAGAAGGUGGGAUUGAUGAGUCACCCCAAGAGCCCUACGUAGAGCAGUGAUCCUCUCUGAACCGGGAGAAGGUGCCCCACCUUUAAAAUCUUGAGGACUAUCGUCACACCCCCAGCUCCCACUUGGACCUAAACUGUGCCAUAAACAGUCACUUACAGUUCAGAGUCUGAACUAAACCAAACGUUGUCACACACAAAAGGCAGUGACUGCCUGGGGGGGGGGCCCCCCGAAA